GUGGAGGUUUUCCGGAGAUACAGGCCUCGUUUCCUUCGUGAACAAGUCUGAUAACGAUUUAGAGGCCACAGAGGAACCAUUAGGAGUUGAGAAACCACGGGGGACAGAAUCGGACUCGGUUUCGCAGGAUUUGUUUUUAAUCAAUCGCUCUGAUAAAAAACCAUAUACUGACACAGAAGAAGGCCCGGUUAAACACUGCGAGGUAGAGAAUUGCGAAGUUUCUCAAAGGAGCAAGACAAACACAGUAUUUGCCGAGGUUGGAUAUUUGCCACCUCAUUACGGCAUUGACAAUCAUAACAAACCGGCAGACGAUUUUAAAAUAGGGUGCCCACGAAAUAUAAAACAGUCGUCUGUGGGGCCGAAUUACUGGAAAGAUUUUGAAGAGACAUACGCUGGACCGCCUAAUAUAAUAUUUCACAAGUCUUCCACGUUGAAUAAAACAAAAAUCAAAUUGAAAAGAGAGGACGACAUGCUGCACGCGCGGUCUUACGACUGGACCGACUGCGCCAUGGGAGGUGGCGCAGACCUAGGCGUGGCGGUGUCGUCUGCGUUGCAAGGAGGGUGUGAAGAAACGCAGAAUCGAUCCGCCUUUAAUACACCCCCGCCUCUUGGGUCCAACACCGUAGACUCGUAUCAAGUAGUAAAAGACAACUUACCCAGAAAUUACAAAAGUAUGGAUUCAAGAAAAUUAUUCCAAUCAGAUUUUAAUCUCCAAAGCCAGCAAGCUGCCCCAACGGUGCAACAACAACAACAACAACACUUAACCAGCACCCCGCCUUCCACCACUGGGGGUAACAUCUCGUGUAAGAUAGAACGCCCGUUAUGUGAUAACAUAGACACUUGUCGCGCAGACGACUUGCGGAAUGACCAUCAUCAACAUCAUCAUCAUCAUCAUCACCUACAUCAGCAACAACAGAUGUAUCAUAUACAACAACAACAACAGCAACAACAGCAACGUUCCCACUCCCAAGGACAGCGGGUCAUCGUGCCUGCCGACCCCCUUCUGUGGACGGCCGAUCACGUCCGUCAGUGGCUGGAGUGGGGGGUGCGAGAGUACGGGCUGCAGGGCUUGGAAAUAUCGAAGUUCCACGGAAUAGAGGGCCGCGAGCUGUGUCGAAUGACCAGGGAAGAUUUCAGUCAACUCACGACUCCAAAUAACGCCGACGUCUUCAUGGCGCAUCUGAACUUCUUGCAACAAACUUGUGUCCAGAACACAGCGAUGAGCAGUGAGCGCAUGCCCAGUAAACACUCUCCUACCCCGGCCCUGGGGGCGCCUUUUACGGACCAUAUAAAACCAGAUCCAGGCUAUGCCAAGCCGAGUUGGACCCCCCAGACCAGCCCAUCUCCUCAAGCAUAUCCACCUCAUGGAAUGACCAAGCCAAACAUGGAAUCGGCGCAUGCACAGUGGAGACAACCAGACCCUUACCAGCUUUUUGGGCCUAUGUCUAGCCGCCUCUCUACUUCCGGAAGUGGCCAGAUCCAGUUAUGGCAGUUCCUCCUAGAGCUGCUGUCGGACAGCGGAAACGCAAACUGCAUCACGUGGGAGGGCACCAACGGGGAAUUCAAACUCGUGGAUCCCGACGAGGUGGCUAGACGCUGGGGAGAACGCAAGAGCAAACCAAACAUGAACUACGACAAGCUGAGCCGAGCUCUACGCUACUACUACGACAAGAACAUCAUGACGAAAGUCCACGGGAAACGUUACGCGUACAAGUUCGAUUUUGCUGGGUUAGCUCAAGCUAUGCAGCCAGCUGCUGAUCCCGCCACAUAUAAAUAUCAGCAAGACCUGUUUAUGUCGAGCUAUCACCAUGCCAACUCAAAACUUAAUUUCAUGAACGCUCAUGCGCCGAUUUCAUCCAAUACGUCCGGGUUCUUUGCCGGCGCGGGUUCUUAUUGGUCCGCUCCUAGCGCCGCCAAUCUCUAUCCUAAUAUCUCCAAUCACGCGAUGACGCAUCACCACAGUCAUGUGACUCCAUCACAUUUAGGGUCCUAUUACCCAUAACUAGAACUGCUUUGUAAAAGCGCCAAUCUUACUGACUAAUAUCAGGAAUCGACUUCAGAAUUUGUUCUUUGAGAUAACAGCACAAAUUUCGGUAUUCCUUUUUUGUUAUACUUAUUGAUUGUUUAAGAAAAUAAUCAGCGUUGUAUAAUUCAAGCCAUUUUUUUUGGUAAUGUCACAAUAGCUUGAGUAGAUGUAUUACGAAAUAGUGUAUAAAUUCCGGGUUAGGUUUGAGCUAUGUGGCUAAAAGCCCAAAAGGAGAUUUAUAAAACCGUGAAGGCUUAUACAUCACAGGUCAAAGGAAACUAGAUACACUUUCAUUGACAUUUCCAAAGAAAAACUUAAAUUAUCGAGGUGUGUCUUUGAUUAAGUGUACUAUACAUCGUUAUCUCUUUUUAAUGACUAAGUAAAGAAAGAAAAAGAUAAAAAGAUUCUGAAACCAUCAUCUCAGGUGAUCAGUGUUCGUUGAUGAUCUCUGUAAAUGAUAUUAAUCUGACAAUCGAAUGUUCAAUUAAGUAGACUAUUUUUGUGCCAUAUUCUUCAGUAUAUAUAUAUAAUUUGUGUCAUUUAUGUUAUGGUAAGAACUGUAUCUUGGGACGGGGUGUAAUUAGUAUUUGUUUUUCUGCGAUAACGUGGGUGUCGUGUUACAGUUCAAAGCAUGGCAAUCGAUGCGGUUUCUUUAAGAAAUCAGCCAUUCGGAAAAUGUUGUCAGAAGCUCACACAUAUCUAUCUACCUAUCUAUGCGUCACAGUUUUGCUUGCGAGAAACGAAGACAUUCGCUACUAGUACUGUCAGUGUCCAAGAUACAUGAAUGUGGUAUUUUUGUGAUUUUUGUAAAUUAUUGCCGUUUGGGUUUGAAAAGUUGGUAAUACUUCUGAGUCAAAAACUCAAUUGAUAUUUGUAUUAUUUACUAUUUGUUAUAUUUAGAAUUAGAAUUAUACUAUUUAGUAGAGAAUCAUUGGCCUUAAUUGUUUUCAUUACGCCAUGAUGUACAGCUUGUAAAAACAUAUAAAUGUAUUAGUCUGUCUAUAAAUCUAGGAAUGUAAUUUGAAA